CCUUUACCCAUGGUUCAGCCCAAAUGGUUCUAAGACAAUGGAUCUGAUUAAAUUAGACCAUGUUUUUCUCAGUUUCAGUGCCUUCCUGUGAAGAAUUUGGGUCUAGGCCUGAGAUGAUGCAAUCACACUCUCACACUCUCACAUACCCUAAAACAACCCAAGGAACAACCAACACACACACCCCCCCAAACACCUUGUGGUCACCGAGUGUUGUGUGUUGUAUUAAUCAGAUCCUGCUGCUUUUCAGAUGGGCCUCUUGCCCAUUCUGUGGAAAAACACUCAGUUGGAGCGUCUUCAUCUCCAGAAAGACAGCGCAUGAAUUCAGAACAGUGUUUAUCCAUGUGUCUGGCUCAUAUCCCUUACCGUGGCACUAUGAACAGCUCCUAGUGGCAAUCUGUUAUCGUUUUUGUUUCGUCACACCAUGUCUGAUCUCAUCUGACUCUCCUAAUCCGUCUGUCUUUCUCCUUUUUAGAUGCAAAUUCUUCAGUCUAACAGAAACGCCGGAAAAUUACACAGUCGUCCUCGAUGAGGAAGGAUUUAAAGAUCUUCCACCGUCCGAGCACCUAAAGGUGGAAAGCUCCACAUGGCUGCCCCUCAACGUUGUCUCCAACGGCAACGCCUCCAGCAGCUCUCAGGCCGUGGGCGUGACCAAGAUCGCCAAGUCCGUCAUCGCCCCGUUGGCCGAGCAGCACGUCUCCGUCUUCAUGCUGUCCACCUAUCAGACAGACUUCAUCCUGGUGCGAGAGAAAGACCUUCCGGUGGUGAUCCACACGCUGGCUGAGGAGUUUACCAUCUUCCGGGAGGUGGAUGGGGAGUCGGUGCUGGUGCACGGCCAGGAUGUCAACAACGGCCUGCAGGGAAACGGCAGAGAGGUCCCUCAUUCUACGUUGCACCCAGUGCUGAUCCCAAAGAACCAGUUCUGUGUGAUGAGUCUAGAUCCUGACAUGCUGCCAAGGAUCGCCACCACGCUCAUAGACGUUCUGUUCUACUCCAACAGUCCUAAAGAAGAUGCGAGCGUCACUGCUGAUCUGGAGUGCAAGUUCUUCUCCUUCUCUCUGAUCGAUGGCUACAUCUCUCUGGUGAUGGAUACGGAGGCGCAGCGACAAUUCCCGGCGGAUCUGCUCUUCACCAGCUCGUCCGGCGAGCUCUGGAGGAUGGUGCGGAUCGGAGGCCAGCCGCUCGGUUUCGAUGAGUGCGGCAUUGUAGCGCAGAUCUCUCAGCCCCUGGCAGACUGUGAUAUCUCAGCUUAUUAUAUCAGUACGUUCAGUUUCGACCAUGCUCUGGUGCCUGAAGAGGACAUCGCGAGGGUGACAGACAUGCUUCAGAAUAAGAGGAAAAGCGUCGGAUGCUGAUGCGAUCCUGAUCUACUUACACUACAUCUGGAACAGCAUUAACACACACAGUGUUGACCACUGAAAGUCUUUAGAGGUUUAUAAGCUAGGAUUGGCUCACAACAGCGCACCCUGCUGGUCCAAUCACAAAGCAGCGAAGUGCUUAUUUUGGAUCGUGAAGCUGCCAAGCUAAUCGCACCUAGAGUUAGCUUUACUUUUACGUUGUAAAAUAGUCAAUUGACCGGACGACCACAAAAAUAGAAAUAUUGAUUCUUCAGGUCUUAUAAUAUUUUCUAAGUCUGAGGCGAUUAAGAUCUUCGGGCUUCAGGCCAUUUUUUGGUUGCAGAUUAUCAGAUCUUUUAUAGGAGCCCAUUUCUGCCAAGUAGCAAAAACAUCCUCCCUCGGGGGGCAACAGUAACCAGGGUAACUUUUUUUGUUUGUUUUUUUUUUUUAUCUUAAGUUUCUUGAACUUUUGAUGAUCAUAAAAUUAUGAUUCAUCAUAAAAAUUAUUAGUUAAUUCUUAUACAGCUCAAAGAUUUCAUUUACAUUAAAAUUCUGACAAAAAAUUUAAAAAGUUUGUCGACUUAUUUCAAAAAUUCUGAAAUUUUCCCUGAAGUUCUGUUAUCUCGUAAUUUCAAGACUCUUUUUUUUUUUUUUUUUAAUAUUCUUAAUUAGCUCAAGAUUCUAACCCUAAUUUCAAAAUUUCUAUAAUAAAUCAUUAUUUAGGUAUACCGAAUCAUAAAUUUGAUGUAAUUCGACAUAACCUUACUAAAAGCUUGAAAAUACAUUAGCGGUAAACUUAUGUACUUUAGUAUUAUUACAUGUACAUUAUUUUGACAUAAGGUUAAUUGAGAUAUAAAGCCAAAUUUGUAUUAUAAUAAACACGAGCUAGAAAAUAUUACGUUUAUAAAUCUGAAUUUUUGAGACGCGUGUAAUAACUCAAAGUUUACCCAAAAUAAUGUCUUCUUUUUUUUUUUACCUGGCAUAAGUGGACUUUUACUGAUUUGAUGUAAUCUACUGAUCAGCUUAAGCUUUUUAUUUCUUUAUUUUUCUGUCAUGUGUAACACUAUCAGUGUUGGAUCUUUUUCAGUAUUGUUACAAUGUAUUUAGGACAUCAGAUUAACGUUAGAAGUAAAAUGUAGCAUCGUUACUGAACACCUUUCCGAGGUAGAAGUACAGUAUACUAAAAAAAAAAAAAACUCAGUUACUGAAAAUGUACUUUAUCAAAGAGUUUUUUUUCUCUCUCACGAACAUGCCUUUUGUAAAUAUAAUGAAAAUUUGUCUGAAAAAGUGUGUUAUUUCCUUUUUUCCUAAUACCAGCUGUCAUUUUGUUAACUGUAUGAUUUGGGAAAGGAACAAAGUAUCUCAAACAAGUUUUAUGUUAAAAAAAAAAAAAAAAAAAAAGUGAGAAAAAAAAAAAAAGUGAGAAAAGCAAGAAUUUGCCCUUGUGGUUACCUGAUACAAACUUUUGACCUUCCUGAACCGGGGGUUUUUGGAUUGAGAUAACGGUGAUAGAGUUGCUAAAUAACAAGUGACUUGUCAACAGCUGUUUGUGUGACAAGUUUUAUGAUCAUAUGAGUGUUUAGUCACAUCACAUGGGCUCGAUAUAAAAAUAUUAAUUCCCUUAUUUAAUAAUUCAGCCCAUUAAUCGUAUGAAAGCACACUAGCCGAAACCCCAUUACCUUUAUGUACAAGAUUUAUAUCUGCACAACACAACAGAAUACUGCAAUUACUGUAGGUUCUUAAAUUUCAAAAGUAAGAGAAGAAAAAGACUAAUACGCACUGAUAAAGCAGAAAUGUUUAUAAUCUCCACUGAUCAAUCAUAAUAUUGAGUAGAUUCCUCUUUUGCAACAAAAACUGAUGCACUAUACUGAGUAAUAGGCAGGUGGUCAUAAUGUUAUGGCUGAUCAGUGUGUAUGUUGGACAUUAAAAAAAGCAGAAUUCUUGUUCAAGUGCAUAUGAUGCAUCAUUCUGGAUGUGUAUUAUAAUAAACCUUUGAUUAACUUAA